AUGGACAGUCCAUUCCUGACACGGCAAUUGCUCCCCCACGUUCGAAUCCGAAUCGCAGAGGAGAAGGCGCGCAUCUUGCAGUGUGAGGGCCGCGUGCACUGCCUCAACGACAAUCCCGGCGUGCACCGGGUGUGGGUGCCCCAUCGGGAGGCGCCGGGGCUGGCCAUGUCGCGCGCGUUCGGCGACUACUGCGUCAAGGACUACGGCGUCAUUUUGGUGCCGGAGGUGACGUGGAGGAGGAUCACCGCCCAGGACCAGUUCGUCAUCCUGGCCACCGACGGGGUAAGCUACAGUAGAAAACCACCCAUUAGUCUCGGUUCGUAA